AUGGAUUCAUUAUAUAUUAACAAAAUACCUGAACUUAACUAUGAACAUGAAGUUACUAAAAAGAUUGUCUUGAAAAUAAUAAAUAAAUUAGAUGAACAGAAAGAUCAAUCACAAAAUACAAAUUUUUACAACAGACACAAAAUCAUAAAUUUUUUUUCUGAAGCUGAGUUAUUAUUUAAAUAUUAUGAUAAUGAAAAGAAAGGAGAAUUAGAUAUAAAAUUAUUUCCUAAAAUGGCUAGGCAAUUAAAGCAAAUUUAUGAUAUAAGAGAUAUAAAAAAAUUCGAGAAAGAAAUGAAAAUUAAGAAAAUUAAUAAAAUGAAUUUACCUAUGUUUUUAACGUUAUUAAAAAGAAAAUUGUUCCAAACCAUUGAUGACGAUAUGGUAUUUAAUAAGAAUUUCGAUAUCCUAGACAUGAACAAGAAUAAAAAAAUUAACCUAAAUCAAUUAAGAAUGUAUUUAAGCUUAGUUGGUGACAAAAUUAGUAAAGAGGAAUUUAAUUCUUUCAUAAGUUUCUAUAUGGAAAAUAACAAAAAAUUAAUUGAAAAUGAAUUAACUUUAGAUGAUAAAAAACUACCUACUGAAAUAGGGCCAACAUAUUAUAAAGAUAUAUUAACGUAUUUCAAGUACUUUUAA